AUGGAUUCGAAAGAAACAGAGGAUAUAGAGAGUCUGACCAAGAAGAGAGAUGCGCUCUUAACGAUUCAACAGAGGAUUGAGAAAGCCAAAGCAUCCGGAUCAACCGCUUCGAUUUCACCUGAUCUUCAAAAUCUCUCUAAAGAAAUCCAACAAGUUCUCAUGAUGACGACUGCGAAUCCGAGUAAUGCCACAUUACGGAUUACCGAUGAGCUAGACAAGGUGUUUGUUGCGGAGGAAGUUGGACACUCGUGCGACUUAUGCCUAAGAGAUCUAGCCACGGAUCCAGAACGGCCUAAUGGUUCUUUGAUCAGCUUACAAGAGUCGUGCGUGCUUGCUUGUGGGCAUGUCUACCACUUCAAGUGUUUGAGAGGCACUACUCUUGAUCUCGAUAAUAGUUCUAAAAAUCCGUCUUGCAUUUUCUGCAUUAGCUCCUCCAACUGA